AGAAAAUUUUUUGACAAGAAAGGGCAGACCAUUUUUUCAAUGGACUAGCGAAAUAAGAAAAAGAAUUAUUUUCCCAAUUUAAUUUUAAUUUCGUGAUUCAUUUUUUUAAUUUAAAUCCUCUUUUCUUCUAAUUUGAUUGAGUUUUUUUUUUUUGUUAAUAAUCCAACAUAAUCUAAUAGAAAAAAAGAGCCACCAUAAAAAAAUGAAUUCAAAGUUGAUAGUUGUGCUGGCCUGCUUGUUGGGCGCAGCCUUGGCUGAAAAAAGUCCAGUUUUAACAUGGGGAUCCAACAGUCCCUUGAGACCCUAUCUCUCAACAAUUUCCGAAGAUGAUUUUGCUGAAAUGAUGAAACCACUUGCCAAGGACACGAUGAUCCUUACUUUCUUGGCAAAUGGGCUAAGACGCGAAGACUUUGGUUGUAAAUCGUCUCCUUCUCGAGCUACUUGCUUCAGUAAUCUCGCUGAAGCUACUCCUAAAACCUAUUAUGGCAGUGUUGAGAAUCCUCUUGAAGCUCUGCGUAAAGUAACUGAAAACAGAGAAUCAGUUACAGUCGAUGGUAAUGGCAAAUUGGAGCGUGAGAUUGAAUGCCAACUUGGCAAAGAAAUCAUAAUUGAUUUGAGUAAUAUCGACGAAGGUUCAACUCUUUCUACUCAAAGCAACCAAGUUUUAGAAAAGCAAGAUGGUAUCAUGGGACAGGUUUACGAGCACUUCCUUGCUAAAGGCUGCAAAAUCACUGCUAUCUACACUAGCUCUCCAUCUUCCACUUCCGAUGUCGUCAGCAAGAGUCGUACCCGACGUGCUGCUGCUGACAAGGCCACCUCUGGCACCAUGUUCCGCUCCAACAAGGACUUCCUCAUAUUCUGGACUGAUUUGAUUGUGCGUGAAGAACAAGAAGACAAAAAAUGGAUUUCCACUCCAAUCACAAUCUCCGAUAUGACUCUCCCCGAAAAGAACGAAACUUCCUUCUCUGUCAAUCUAAAUGGAGGAAACAACAAACUAAGUUUCCUCAUCUCCUUGAACCUUGGCUACUUUAAAUUAUCCAACUUGAUGCUCAAUAACCAAGAAUUCUAUGUCCCAUCUGAACUUACUGCACCCACCGAUUUCUCGUACUCAUGUGGAAAUCUAACUUUGGAAAGCAAACAAAAGAAGUUGGCUGAAGGAGAAAAGCCAGAAAAGGUCAGGAUGAUCUUGUGGAACUCGCUCCAAAUGCAAGCUCCAUUCAAUAAUGAGACAUCAAAUGAUUUCAAAUUCGGAGAUGCUUGGUAUUGUGUGGGUUUCUUCUCCAGCGGCAUUUUAGCUGGUUUGUUUGUGGUGUUCAUUUUGUUGGGCAUCAUGAGUGUUGGUAUCUGCUGGAUGUUGGAUAUCAAUACAAUGGAUCGUUUUGAUGAUCCCAAGGGCAAGACUAUUACCAUUAAUGUCAAUGAAUAGAGAGUUGUUUGUCUCUCUCUGUUUUGGGACUCCCUUCCCUUCCCACAAAUUUUCUGUCAUUCCUUGUUAAUUUUUUCGUCCUGAUUUUUGAUUUAUUUAGAUAUUUUUUUUUUCCCAAAGUGCACUUUUAGUUCUCUUGACUUAAACACAAGAGGCAUAUCUUAACAGCAUCCUUGAAGGUCUAAACAGCCUCCAAGUAAGAUGUGGUUUUUGGUGUUUAAUUUGAUGGAACUAGGGUUCCACUUUUAUUGAUAACUUUAAAUAAUUUUUUGUUGUUAUUUUUUCUCUUUUCUCUUAUUUCUCUUUGUGUCUAAAAAUAUAUAAAUAAACUCUUAUUGCCAAUUUUUUAAAAUAGAAUUGUAUAAUCGUUGUUCAGUAUUUGGGACUUGUUGUUUUUUAAGAAGAAUUUUUUUGUAUGUUUUUAAAAUGAAAUAUAUGUAUUAUUAAUAAUUAUAAAUGAUUUAAUAUGUACGCUAUAGCCCGUUAUGUUGUGUGAAUUAGAAAAAGGUUAAAUCUUAAUUUCGUUGUACAUACAAACUAAACUCAAAAAUAAAUAAAAAAAGGGGAAACUUUUGCUAACCUGAAA